CUCAAGAGAAUGUAAAAUAUAUAAACCUGGUGUAUACCCAUACCUUCAUGCCCCCUAGAUAUCCUCUACUUCAACCUCGAACCUUCAACCUUAAACACUAUCCUCCGCAUAUACUCAACAAUCAAACUAAAUACUUAGUUCAGGACCUGGGAAGUAUCGAUACAGACACGUUGUAUAGUCGUCUGCUUGAUCUUCUAACAAGGGAGGAUUUUGUCCGGAAAAAAGAGGGAAUAAGGAUGAAAACUUACCUGGUGGCUCCAACCUUCCUUCUAGAUCAGCUGGGAUAUAUUGCAAGAAAAUCGCUGAAGAUCGAUGUUAUCUUCACAAAAUAUCCGCAUUUAUCUGUAGAAUCUUUGGAUAAACUAGAUUUAGGAGUUUAUACCAUCGAGACCUUAUCUCCAACCGUAGAAAACCAUCGGAAGUAG